CACACAACAGCCACAACACACAACACGCCUUCCCCUCACCCCUCCACAACAUCAUCAACACCAAUCAAUCUCUGGUGUGUGUGCGUGUGUGCGUGUGGCUGGCGCGGAAUAGCAGAGAGCAACGGCCAUGGCGCAGCAGCAGCCUUUGCUGCUGUUGUGGUCAUGUGCUGUGGUCACGACAGCUUUCUUGCUGCUGUCGUUGACCGCCCAUCACCGCUGCAACACACGCGCUCUGUUUCUUCCUUCUGGCGUGGUGGAUGAUGGCAGCAUUUGCUCCCAAGGCAUACCGGCAGAUGCCUCGCCCCUCAUACACCCCUCACCAAACUACACCCUCUCUUUACUGGACCCAUCCACGAGCGUCCCCAUCACUGGCGGUUUCCGUCCAAACACUGCCUACAUUGCGUUGUUGGAAGCGAGUGCGUCUGGGAGCUUGUUUGAAGGGUUUGUUGUGCAGCCCACGAGCGACGGCAGCGGCAGGUUCACGAGAACCCUGUCUGGGAAAGCCCACCUGGUUCGCGUGUGCCCCAAUGUGCCCUUUGCUGCCACACACGCGACACCGGCCCCUGUGCCGCAGGCCCGCUUCAUCUGGCUCGCCCCGUCCAUCGGCAACCUCGUCUCAACAAACUCAAGCGUUGAGCGCGAAGCUGCUAUCCACGUCAUUGUGCAGCCUGACCUCCAGGCCCCAGAGUACCACGUGUUCACCACACGCUACCGCCAGCUUUCGUCCAACGCAGAGCUGUCCCACAUACGCGCGCCGCCCACCUGCACGCGUGUGCGCAUGGGCACGUCGUUUCUUGUCGGCUGCAACGCUUCCACCCCCAGCAGCAUAUCGGUUGCUGCAGUCCCCGUGCAUGCAGGCAGCAGUGUCCAGCUCACGCACAGCGCAGAUGGAAGCGUGUACAAUCCGCAGACAGACGCCCUAUCCUUCAUCACAGACAGCGUACAGCCAGGCGAUGCUGCCACUGCUGGUGCUGGUGCUGCUGCUGGUGGCGACAUGUUGGACGGGUCAGUGCUCCAGCCUGUGAUUGCCGUCACCGCUCGUGUCGUUGCCGAGGAUGGGCUCUCCACCAACACGUUCCACAUCUUCAUCGCACGCGCCCAACAGGACGAUGGUGGGUGCGUGUGUGCGUGCAUGUAUUGA